AUGCCUGUUACGAUGAAAGCCAGCCACUUGGCCAAAAUCGGAGGUCCCGAGGGUGUUAAAGUCCCCGAUCAAGUUCCCCGUCCGGUCACAAGCAAGGGAUUUAUUGACGACCGAAUGACACGCUACGGCAAGGAAGCUCUUGACAGGUUUGCUUUAGGGAAAUGGGUUUUCCAAAAGCAUGAUCGGCUCUAUUCCCUCGAGGAUGUUGAGCAGGCUCACCGAGACGUGGAAAAUCGGGCUGUUAUUCAUUAA